AGUUGGACUCUUGGCUUAGGCGAUUCGGGUGCGCCUGAGUUCAAAUUAGUUGCGUUUAAGCUGGCGCAUGCGACGGUUAGCUGGAGCUGAAGACCGCACUCAGGAAGCAAGGAAUACCUCAAAAUGCCAGGACAAACAAAGGCGGAGACAGUCGAAGGCGUUCAGACGCCGAUGACGGAGCAGGAGUUUAAGAAGCGUGACGCCAACUGGGUAUUGGUCCUUUUCUAUAUCCAUGUGUAUGUGCUGGGCACGUAUGCCAUUUAUGUGACAUUCACGAGUGCCUCGUGGUCAACGAUAUUAUUCACGGGUCUGAUCAGCCUGCUGGGUGUCCUGGGCGUGACGGUGGGCGUUCAUCGGCUGUGGGCUCAUCGAACUUUCACCGCAACCGCUCCGCUGCGUGUCUUCCUCAUGCUCUGCCAGACGAUGGCUGGCCAGGGCACCAUCUACAGUCGCGUGCAGGCGCAUCGCUUCCAUCAUGCCAAGUUCCUACAAGAUGAGGAUCCCUACUACAGCAAAGAGAGCUUCGUGUACGCCCAGUUGCAUGGCAAUCUGCUAAAUUACUCCAAGCAGCAGGAGCAGAUGUUGCUCAAUGUGGACAUGUCCGAUAUUGCCAGCGAUCGCAUUGUCAUGUUCCAAAAGCGCUACUAUGUGCUGCUUUAUAUUGCGCUGAAUGUGCUGCUGCCGUUGAACACAGCCUUCCAGUACUUUGGCGAAUCGGUGGCCGUCUCAAUUUUUGUUAGCUUCUGGCUGCGGAGUCUGAUUGUAUUAAAUGUGGGCAACCUGGUGAAUUCGGCUCACUUUGUGUGGAGCAUACACAAGGGCUUCAAGCCCACCGAUUCGAAUAGCAUAUUCUUCAUAACAAAAUCAUUUUGGCCACAAUAUCAUUAUAUGCUGCCCCAUGACUAUCAAAGUGGCGAGUUUGGCGACUAUGCAACUGGCACUGGCUCCACCAUGAUAAGGGUGUUUGCUGCCCUGGAUCUGGCCAAAGAGCUGCUAACCAUCUCCUCCGUGGCGGUGCGCAAUGGUCUGACCAUAGCCGUGGACACAAAACGGCCGAUUGUCGAGUGCAUUGAGGAGCAGAGGAAGCUGCAGCAAAGUGCCAUGCCUGAAAAUCAUUUUCUCAAUCGGGAAAAGUUCAUGUGAUGCUUAAGCCGGCAAGUAACAUAAAAAAAAAUACCUGUACAAAUAAAUAAAAUGAAAAAGAAACAAGUAA